AUGUACGCCUUCACCUUCUUCUUCGCCAACUUCGGGCCGAACAGCACGACGUUCAUCGUGCCGGCGGAGGUCUUCCCGGCGUGGCUGAGGUCGACAUGCCACGGGAUAUCGGCAGCGACAGGGAAGAUGGGGGCGAUCGUGGGGGCCUUCGGGUUCCUGUACCUGGCGCAGAACCCGGACCCAGCGAAGGCGGACCGAGGCUACCCUGCCGGGAUCGGGGUGAGGAAUGCCCUCUUCUUGCUUGCCGUGUGCAAUCUUCUAGGGCUAGCGUGCACCUUCCUGGUGCCGGAGUCGAAGGGAAGGUCGCUGGAGGAAAUGACCAGCGAGAACGAGGCGACAGUGGACGAUGAUCACAAAAGUUGGUAUGGAGGGCUUCGGCGGCAUCACAAAAGUUGGGAACUGGCUGCACCGGAUCGCUAUCUACCGUGCCAUCGACGGUAA